CAUUAUUAUUCCUAUUGACAUUAUAAUAAUCAUCAGCAGCAUUAUCAUGAUUUUAAAUCAUCUUCCUCACUCCGGACUGGGGCGGGGCCAUGCCUGACCCAGGCCAGUCCCUCCCUCGGGCCCGGGGCUGCAGGGGGGGGUCCCGGCCCCUGCGAGGAGCUGGGGAACAAGGGGGGGGCAGGACGGGGGUGGGGACGUGGGGGUGAGCAGGGGAUGUGCUGGGAAUGCAGGAGAUGAGAAGGGGAUGCAGGGGAUGAGCAGGGGAUGUGAGUGGGUCGUUCUGUGCCUCUUACUCGAGUGGUUGUUUCUCCCACAGGGAUGUGCAGGGGGGAUGCAGGAGAUGAGCAGGAGAUGAGCAGGGGGUGCAGGAGAUGAGCAGGGGGUGCAGCAGAUGAGCAGGGGUUGCAGGCAGGGGAUGCGCACAGGAGGCGCGGGGAUGCAGUGGGAUGUGCGCAGGGACGCAGCUCGAUGUGCGCAGGAUGUGCGCAGGGACGCAGCAGGAGGUGCGCGGGGAUGUGCGCAGGAUGUGCGCGGGAUGUGCGCGGGGAUGCAGCGGGGCGAGCGCGGGGAUGCAGAGCGAUGUGAGCGCGGGUGCGGCGGGGACGCGGCGGGGCGAGCGCGGGGCCGCGGCGGGGCGAGCGCGGAGAUCCAGCGCGAGGUGCGCGGGAUGUGCGCGGGGAUGCAGCGCGACGUGCGCGGGCUGUGCGCGGGGAUGCGGCGCGACGCGCGAGGGAUGAGCCCCGAGAUCCAGCGCGACGUGCGCGCCGUGUGCGCGGGGAUCGAGCGCGACGUGCGCGGGAUGUGCGCGGGCUGCGCUCGGGCCGUGCCCGGCCCCGAUCCCCCCGCUCCGCGCCCCCGGUACUCGCCUGGCGCAGCAUCCCCGGCCCGGGGCGCAGCGGGGCCGGGGGAGCCCCCCGGGCCCUCCUGGAUCCCUCGCGGGGCCAAGGUCACCCCGCGGCGGCUGCAAUUCCCAGGAGGAGGCGAAACACCGGGAAAAGGCCCGGGGGGAGCGGGGCAGGAGUGAGGGGUGCGCUCCAGACCCCUCCCAGCCGCCUUUCCCCCCGCAUUUUCCUCUUCUUCCUCAUCGGAUGUCCCAUCCCGGGGGAUGACGGCGCAGCCUUUGAGAAUCCGGCACAAACAGACGCGGAUCUAUUUCGGGAUU